UGCGCCCCGUGGCCGUUCUCCACGCACGUUGUUCAGCGCCACAGAGGCAUUAUGCUAACCGUCAAAUCUGCGACUAACCCGGUUGGUGUGGCCAGUGGCCUGACGUGACGUGUAUUCUGUGAGCUACAGAAGCAAAUGAGUUCUACCCAGGAUACGCAACAACCGACUCAGAACGUCACCUCUGUGGAGGAUGGCGAUAAGCAAUCGCGCCACACCAAGAAGCCCUCGAACAGGCCUGCGUUGCAGAUCUAUAAACCACCUGGCCAGUAUCUACAGGCUUUUUUCAUACUUGCUGAGUGUAACAAAGCGAUCAUGUCAGUGGCAGUGAUUGGACUUCGAUCUGGGUCCAGUAAUGAUGGAAGUGCCUCCUCUGCCGCUGGAGGAGUCACUUCGGGUACAUCUCCUCAACCUUCGGCGGGGACACGAAGCCAUUCGUCCUCUGCUCUCACUCAACUACAACAUAGAAAAUCGAACAGUCAUAUGGAGGAGAACAAUAACUAUCGGAACAUAACAUCGGAUCGCGACGCAUCGUCACGUCAUUCGGAAUCGUCUCAUUCGCAGAGCUCUCAACGACUUCGACGAACAGAGAGUAGUAUUAGUUCGGAGAGCGCUGUUUCGCAGAAAUCCUCCGGGUCUGGUUCUGGUCAUGGAAAUGGACAUGUGAGCAUAGGAAGGGAGACUGGAGCUCCACCACAUGUGGAAAGGCGCCCCAAGCAGCCGACUCCACCAAAGAAGGAACCAAAGAAGAAAAUGAUGACCGAGCGCGAAAUAAUUGAUGCAGCGGCGGGACUUCGUGCUCUAAAAGUUGGCGGUAAUGUCACUGAAAUCGAGGACUGGAUAGCGAGCGCAUUUGUGGCUGAUGAUUUGGCUGAAAGCGUAGGUUCUGCGCUUUGCCAGCAUGCUAUUGAAGGAGGUGGUGGCCGUGUGGUCGCCAAGCUAUGUGGAGCACUACGAGAUGCUCCUUCCGCUUAUGCCCUUUAUAAGGGACUAAUGUCUUCCAUCUCUCAAUAUUUCGAUUGCCGUGAUCGUCUACGAGCUGAUCACUUCCGCAUGUGGAUCUCGUUUUUGUCUUUUGUGGCCGAUUUGUAUGCGAAUAUUGGAGGCGGAAAAGAUGGAGAACUUGUGAACUUUGUCUUCCAAGUGUUCGACUAUCUGCUACGUGCACCAAUUCUUGAGACGCUCAAAAUUGAGGAGCUGGAGUCGCUUAUUUCCGCUCUGCUUUCCGUCGGAUACGACUUGGAACGCGAGUGCCCCGAUCAGCUGUCCCUUUUGAAAGACCUAAUCAGGGACGCAUUCAUUGACGUGUCCGAGCCUUGGGCUCGAAAAAUGAUCCUGCUGCUAUUGGAGCUGGGAGCGAGCGGAUGGAAACUCCCCGCCGAAGCAAAUGAAUAUUAUUUCCAGCAGACAACAAAUUGAGUGUUGCUGCGUGGUAAAGUUAUGGAGGAGUCUGAUGUAAUAUUGUGCUUUGUGAAAUCUUUCGUGUUUUCUUCCUGGCUUUGCUUGGAGUUCUCUCCGCAUAAUAUGCAUAAUAGCAUAGAGUGACAAGCGUUGUUUUACAACUCUCUUAUGUAUGAUAGCUUUUUUAUCGCUCUUUUUGUAAACCCUGCACAUCAUGUUUAAAGUGCAAUUUUCCAUGCUCAUAUUUUAUUCGUUUAUUUAUAUACGUUUGUCUUAGCAGUUAUUCGGUACCAUUUGUGGCCAUGACAUUCUUUGAUUCUGUAAGUGCUUAGUGUAGUCAACUUCUAGUCGCUUAUCCUAGUUUUUUUUUUUUUUGAAAGAAUCUAAUCAAUUUUCGCCAAGUGAUAUAAUUUAGAGACUAGUCAUUUCUGCAGCCGAACUUUGCUUGUGGAGGUUUUAAAGUGUUUAUACGACCCACUAGUGGGUCGCAUCGAUCGAUUGUAUGGUUAUCAUCGCAGUCACUUGCUCUCCGCUGCAGCUUUUUUUAUUUUUUUCCAGAAAUUUCGUACCGUAUGCUUGCUAUUAACUGCUCAUGUCUAGAAAA